ACCACCAGACGACUUUAUUUUCAUACUUAUCAUAGAUUUCUGGCUAACUUAAUUAGUUCUUGAUCAGAGUCACCGGUUGACCAUCUCUGCAGAUCAUCGGAUUAACAACUUUGGGUAGCUUUGAAUAAACCAACGGGUAUACCUCAUACCCAACAGAUACUGACCGAACAUGGGACACUAUUCUACAGUCGUGUAUGAGACCGAGAUUACCAAUGCCUGUCCCUAAAUCAGAGUACGGGGCACAAUCAUGGAAUUGCAUGGAAAGGCAGGAUCGUCUUUCAGGAAAGAUGAAUCGCAGGUCGAGGGUGUCUCUGGAAUAAACCUCUAUAUCAUUUGGGAUAAAGUCCAAGUAGAGAAAAUGGAGGAGUGUGAUCGAAUGACACUCCAGAAGAUUAUAGUAAGUCGGCCACGGUCCUUUAUACUCGAGAAACUACUUGAUGAUGUUUAUGGAAUCCGUAAGCCAAAGCGAAGUGAAUAUGAACUUCGCGAACAAGUGAUCCAGAAUCUUAAUGAUAUAGCAAAAAAAUUAUAUGGUAACUCUGAUAGCUGUCCUGUUGUUGAGGAAUUUGGUUCUUAUUUAAUGGACCUUUUCACCAUAGAAAGUGAUCUUGAUCUAUCCAUUAACUUCAGAAGUAGUUCGUAUGAGUUUCCAUCCAUUAACUUCAGAAGUAGUUCAUAUGAGUUUCCUCGAAAUGAGGAAAUUAAAACGCUUGAGAUGUUUGAAAAUAAGCUCCGUUCACUUCAAAAUGAAGGCUAUGUGCAAAAGGUCAGGUUUAUUAACCGGCCUAGAGUACCCAUUAUUAAGUUUGUUGAUACUGCAACAAGUGUCAGCUGUGACAUAUCCGUAGAAAACAGGAUUGGAAUUUCAAAAUCCUUGAUUAUUCGCCUCAUUACUUCAAUAGAUGAAAGAUUUCCGAAACUAUGUGUACUGAUGAAAGCGUGGGCUAAAGCGCAUGAUAUUAACAAUCCAAGAGACCGAACUCUUAAUUCUUUUACGAUAGUAUUAUUGGUUGCCUUUCAUCUACAGACUCGAGAUCCUCCCAUAUUACCUCCGUUUUCCGAGAUACUAAAAGAUGGAGUAGAUCCUGUAUUCUUGAAUAAUUCAGUUAGAAAUUUCCAGAACUACGGUAGUAGAAAUACAGAAACGUUAGCUGGAUUGUUCGUGUCCUUUCUAAUCAAGUUGGCAUCUGUUGAAAAGCUUUGGCAAAAAGGUUUGUGUGCCAGUCCUUAUCUAGGACAUUGGAUACAUAAAACUUGGGACACCAAUAUAGCCACUAUGAGUGUUGAGGAUUUCUUGGACCGGGCCCAAAACGUGGCAGGGAGAGUUGGAAAACAAGAAGUGAAAAAAAUCUAUUAUGCCACUCAUUGUACCAUUGAAAAUGUCAGUCGUUUCAUGAACUUCAAAAUUGAAGAAUUCGAAUUAAAAGGUUUACUUUUUGGCAUUGAUUACAUGAACCAUCCUUAUCCCAACUCGACCAUGAAUAACUUUAACCUUAAGGGUGUGAUGGAUCGAAGAGCUGGUCCAAACUGGUCAACAUGGCCAUUGCCAACUGGUCACUGGGGUGCACCACAGCCUCAAGCCGUGACUGCGGGCCCGGAGAUACUGUGGGCCCACCAGUCGGUUUACGAUCAGCCAAUGAUGGGAGGACCUGGGUGGACACAAGGCUGGGGUGGUGGUGCAUCUCCUAGCAGUAGUGGUGGGACAAAUGGAGUUGCAUUCAUGGAUGACCACUUUAGUUGGCCACAAGAGAUGCAGCCUACUACAGACCCUUUUGGAAGAAGGUUUCAACAAUAUCCUUACGCUGCCACACACACCACGCCAUCUAACACAUCUGAUUCGCCUGCUCCUCACCGUGAAAACACCUACCGGGGCCAACCCAGAUCUGGUCAACAGCGUCGCAACAAUGGGCCAAGGCCCAAUCGUGGCCCGACUUCCCAAAAUGGCCAGCAGCGUCCUCCACAACCACGUAAUGGGCCAUGGACUUCCUAUUCUCAACAAUGGCCUCCAUACACUCCUUGGUGGGUCGGCCCAACUGGAUCACCUGCUGGUUGGGCUCCGCCACCCUACCCAUACCCAACCCAAGCAGGUUGGGCCUCUCCUUGGCAGCUAGGCUUUCAACAACCAUCACCCAGGCCCAGUGGGAACCGGCCCGCUACUGGCUCAACUUCACGUACCUCACCUCAGGCCCAUAUCACAUAUUAUGAUCCUCUCCAGCCCACAGAUAUCGGUGAAGCAUUUCAAGCAGUACCCACAGUCCAACCAACCGAGUUCGACCCCUUGCAGCCUACUGACAUUGGUGAGACGUUUCAUGCACUCAUGAUGGACUCGGGUGAGCCGAACUGGAUAAUGGACAUGGGCGCAUCCAACCAUCUCCACGCCGACUCAGGAUUACAAGACUGGGAAGAUGUUGACCCUUCACGACAGUGAAAGUCACCUUUAUCCUGUCACUGCUCCUGCUCAAGCUUCAACCUCAUGUUUACUUGCUGAUUCCACUCCCGAUUCGUGGCAUAAUCGACUAGGCCACCCGGGGAUUUCCAUCAUUAAUUCUCUUAUUUCAAAUAAAUUUGUUGCAUGUAAUAAAUCUAGUCGAACUCAAUUUUGCAAUUCUUGUCAACUUGCCAAACAUAAACGUUUACCCUUUUCAUUAUCAAA